AUGUCAUCCAAUACAAUUUUUAUUAAUUAUAUAAAUCAUCUUUCAUCUGAUCUUGAUCGUUAUCUGUCUAUUGGUAUUCUUCUAUUUGGUACUAUUGGAAAUAUUCUAAAUUGUCUUGCGCUAUCACAAAGACCUCUUCGUUCAAAUCCAUGUGUUUUAUACUUUCUUGCUUCUUCCAUUGCUAGUAUUAUUACUCUCAUCUCUGGUGUUUUGGUUCGUUUAUUAUCUGUUCGUGUAUAUAUAUUAUUUAAUUCAAGAACAAUUGCUUCAUGGUUGAUUAUGUUAGCUACUUGCGAUCGAUGGUUAUCAUCAUCUAUUCACACACAUUAUCGUCAAAUGAGUACACUGAAAAAUGCUCAACGAAAUAUAAUUGCUGCUAUAUUUUUAUCAAGUGUUGCAUAUGUUCAAAUAUUUUAUUGUUAUGAAGCUAAUUUAACUAAUGCUCCACUUCAAUGUAAUGGAAAAAAUACUUGGUGUCGAUUAUUAAUUAAUUCAGAAUUUGUUUCUAUUACUGUUUUAAUUCCUUCAAUGACGAUGUUUAUUUUUGGAAUUCUAACUAUCUUAAACAUACGUAAAGUUACUCUUCGUCCGAAUCAGUCUGGAAUUAAAACAGGAAACGUUCAAAUAAUAAAUAAUAAAGAACAUCCACAAAGAUUGAAAAAAUCCGAUCGAUAUCUACUUUUGAUGUUACUUAUACAAGUGAUUUUAUUAACAUUAUUUUCUCUUCCACAAGCAAUUUUGAAUCUUUAUAAUAACAUUACACUAUAUGAAACAGAAUCACCAUUGAAUGCUGCAAUUAAUAAUUUUAUUUUGAAUUUAUUUUUACUGCUGACUUAUGUAACCAAUGGAAUGCCAUUUUAUAUCUAUACAUUAAGUGGCGGAACUAUUUUUCGAAAAGCACUACGUGAUUCAGUACAAGGUUGCAUUCAUAAACUUACUGGUCGACGAGGAUGA